AUGUCAUCAAAAUCGUCAAAGCACUCGUCAGAGUCGAGCUCCAAGCACCACUCCUCACACUCUCACUCAAAGUCCAAGUCGAAAUCUUCAUCCAAGAACGACGACUGGACAGACAUCACAGAUCCGGAAGAGCGCCGCCGUGUCCAGAACCGUCUUGCGCAACGCAAGUUUCGCAAGAAGAAUCAGGAUAGCAAGGAAAAGGCCACCCGAGAUACGCAGAACGAGGAGAACGCGCACAGGUCCUACGUCGUCUCGUCGCCCGAAAACCUGGAGCCCGAAGAAAAGGAGUACUUACCCUGGGGCAGCAUCAACAUCAGACAUGUCGUGUCGAGGGGCCACGAGCACGAGAGUCGCCGGGGGAGCGGACGUGGCGAGUACGUGAACGAAGAUACACAGUACACCACCACGUACGGCAACAACUACACGACGAGCUACCCCCAGCCGCCCAGUCACGGAAGUAGCGGCGGGGAGGAGUACCACUACGACGAAGAGCCGUACUAUUACGACUAUGAUCAGAGCGGCAGCCAGAGCCAGGGGCAGAGUUACUAUCAGAGGAACUGA